CAGGAACCGAUUGAACGGCAAUUUGAAUUCGUCCGAACAUGCGAGCCCAGCAAGAGAGACAUCGCCUUUGUGACGCUGGCAACCUCCAUACAUCGUUCACAUCAAUUUGAGCGGCAGCACUAUGGCCAGAGGCUUUCUAAGAUGUGCAAGCACGUUCGCGCCUUACAAAUUUGCAACAGAUUUCUUCGCGUGCCCGUAACGCUGGAAGACAUCGAAAACGGUGGGGUUUGUGAGAUACUGAAGCAACUUAUUGUUUUAGGUCGCAUUAAUCUUGCUUUCGGUGUUGCAAAAAUUCUCGGGGUCGAUACGACUUGGCUUGUCACGAUGAUCAUAGCUAGAAAAACGUUGAUUGUCAAUAAUUGUCUAUCGAGUGUAGACUUUGUGGGCUGUGAAGCACGAAUUCUCAGGAGUGUCUUACUAUUGGCGCUGUGUGACCGCAGAACGAUAGAUAGCAACCGUGCAGAAUAUUGCGAUAGUCACCUCAUCGGCAAAAAGGUAGCGAGCUUAUUUCUCUCCAAUCGAGUCUCUCCAUUCGAGUCUUAG